AUGAUUGGAGUACAGCUGCCAGUAAACAUGUCAUUGGUAUAUUACCACUACCAGCUACAGGGGGAUUUAGAAUUAUUAACCUUUUCAUCACUACCUUAGAAACAGAAACAGUGAACUUUACAGUCAGUAAUCUCACCCAAACAAUAACUAAUGGUUCAGUUACUGCUGGUACACCAACAACUAUCAGGGGCAAAAUAUUAUUGUCUUAUGCUGUCAAUAGUGAAUCAGAGAGAUAUAAAGGUCUACUAGUAACAACUGGAACAGAUAAAAAAAUAUCAGUAACUGUAUUAAUACUGGGUCAAUCUCGAAGAGUGGGAGUGUAUGCCAACUAUCCAGCCUUGGUUUACCCAGUUGAUAGUUAUGUGUAUUAUGCUGUGUCUACUGGUACAGAUGAAUCAAUCUCAUUCUCAUCUCUUCUAAUAGUCUCUGGUAAUAAUAAUACCAAUAUAAGAAUCACACCAACAGUGACUGUUACUAUACCAUCUAGUGUCGCUCAAUGUCUGAUUUCAACUAAUGAUCAAAUGCAGAUCAGUCUUAAAGCUGGACAAUCAAUAACAAUACAAUUACAAUACCUGGAGACAUUUUUACUCAAACCAACUGUAGAAAAAGCUGAUUUAACAGGAACAAAACUUGAAUCUAAUAGUCCAAUAUCUGUCUAUUCUGGUCACACUUGUGUUGGUCAAUUUGCUUGUAACUCUUUUGAUGAGCAAAUACCACCAGUAGCCUCAUGGGGUAAUGAAUUCCUAGUUCAGUCAUUUAAUAAUUUUAAUUUUCGAUCUGGUUAUAAAUUGAAACUAAUUGGAUCACAGGCUAAUACCAAUGUCAAUGUAUUGUGUAAUGAAGGUAACAGCAGUUGUUCACUAUCUCUUCAAGAAGGUGGUGUACUCACUCAAACUAUAUUAUCUCAAACUAAUUGUUACGUCAGUUCAACUAGUCCAAUACUUGUCGCUCAGUUCUCAGUAGCUGAAUAUGAUAUGAUAAUCAUUCCUCCACUGCAUCAAUAUGCUUCUAACAUAACUAGACUAAGUUUUACUAGAUUAUUUGGUGAUUUUAUUGUUAAUCUUGUUGUACUUGCUGCUGAUGAUUCAUCACAGAUACGACUGAAUGGCACUCUUCUUCCAUCUCUCACGUCCAGUUCAUGGGAAUAUCACAGUACUUUUGUUAAUGACUUGUAUGUUUUUAACGGUUUUAAGUUAUUUGAUACUCUUGGUUUCAGUGAGGUUACUAUUUGGUCUAAUAACAGUGACGACAAGAUAUUAGCAAUAGUUUAUGUGCUUAGGACUGAGCAGUUAUUGACAAACUGUACACAUUCAACCACCCACAACUGUGGACACUCUAAGGAUGCUGGAGUAGCUUGUCAUGUUUGUACUCCUGGUACUGUGCGUCUUGUUAAUGGAGCAAACUCAACUGAAGGAAGAGUAGAACUAUGUCAUAAUGGAAAGUGGGGUACAGUCUGUGAUGACUACUGGGACAACACUGAUGCUAGUGUUGUAUGUAGACAGUUAGGAUAUGAUUCAGUAGGUGCUGCCUUUAAUAGGGCCUACUUUGGACAAGGAACUGGAUCAAUUGUGAUGGAUGAUGUUGAUUGUAAUGGAGGUGAAUCUUACCUUACUAACUGUACACACACUAUAUAUCAGAACUGUGGCCAUUCUGAAGAUGCAGGAGUCAGAUGUGUCUUGUGUACCGCUGGAUCUAUUCAACUUAUUGGUGGUUCACAUGAUUGGGAAGGAAGAGUGGAAGUGUGUAAUAAUGGAUUGUGGGGCACUGUCUGUGAUAAUAACUGGGACUCCACUGAUGCAGCAGUAGUGUGUAGACAACUAGGCUGGAGAACAAGUGGAAGCCCUUUAUCAUUUGCCUACUUUAGUCAGGGUGCUGUUAUCCACCUGGAUAAUGUUCAAUGCUUAGGAACUGAGCAGUUAUUGACAAAUUGCACACAUUCAACCGCCCACAACUGUGGACACUCUAAGGAUGCUGGAGUAACUUGUCAUGUUUGUACUCCUGGUACUGUGCGUCUUGUUAAUGGAUCAAACUCUAAUGAAGGAAGAGUAGAACUGUGUCAUAAUGGAAGGUGGGGUACAGUCUGUGAUGACUCCUGGGACAACACUGAUGCUAGUGUUGGUAAUGGUAGUAUCCACCUGGAUUAUGUUCAUUGCUUUGGGACUGAGCAGUUAUUGACAAAUUGUAGAAACUCAACCACCCGCAACUGUGGAAACUCUAAGGAUGCUGGAGUAGCUUGUCAUGUUUGUACUCCUGGUACUGUGCGUCUUGUUAAUGGGUCAAACUCUACUGAGGGAAGAGUAGAACUGUGUCAUAAUGGAAGGUGGGGUACAGUCUGUGAUGACUCCUGGGACAACACUGAUGCUAGUGUUGUAUGUAGACAGCUGGGAUAUGGUCCAGGAAUUGCUUUUUAUGAUCCAUACUUUGGACAAGGAAAUAGAUCAGUUGUGAUAGAUGAUGUUGAUUGUAAUGGAAGUGAAUCUUAUCUUACUAACUGUACACACACCACAGAACACAACUGUAAUGAUAAGGAAGUUGCAGGAGUCAGAUGUUCCUUUAUCAAUGUAUCUACUAAUCCAGCUUCAAAUCAGUUAUCAUCUAUUUUGGUACCAGUGGCAAUUACUGUUUUAUUGAUGUUGCUGGUAGUGUUUGCAGCAGUAUUAUUUGUUGCUUGUUUCAUUAUUAAGAAGAGAAGGAAUCGUAAGCAACUGACCAGGAGAAUUAAAUCUAAUUCCUCUUUUUUUUUGAAAAGCAACAAAGAAAAUAUCUACGCUUCUAGUUCCAACAGAAAAGUUGAGAUUUCAUCUGAAUAUAUGAUUCAGCUGUCAAGUUGUAUAAUACCAGGCUUAACCAUUAGUAUGCAAGAGACUGCUGGACAAGGUGAGUUUGGUAUAGUUUAUCGUGGAGUGAUGACAAAAAAGAAUCAAAUGUCACAAGCAGUUGCUAUAAAGACAUUAAAAGGUUUUUACAAUAAAAGUGAUAUUGAUUCUCUAUUGGAUGAGUGUAUUACAAUGAUGUCAUUUGAUAAUUUAAAUGUAUUACCACUGAUUGGUGUGUGUCUUGAUCUUGGACCAGCUCCAUGCAUUGUCAUGCCUUUUAUGUCAAGAGGAAAUUUAUUGUCUUACUUGAAGAAAGAGAGGCUUAAUCUCACAGUAGCUGAUACAUGUGAAGAGGAUGUUAUACUGAAUGUUAGGAAACAGUUACUCUCCAUUUGUUUACAAGUUGCUAAUGGAAUGUCUUACUUAGCUUCACAAAAAUUUGUUCAUCGUGAUCUGGCAGCUAGAAACUGCAUGAUUGAUGAUGAUGGGAUCAUUAAAGUAGCUGAUUUUGGUCUAUCUGAAGAUAUCUAUGACCAAAAUUACUUCAGACAACGAAAGAAUUCAUCAGCAACCAUUAAACUUCCAGUGAAAUGGAUGGCAAUAGAGAGUCUUCAUGAUGGACUCUACUCUGAAAAAUCCGAUGUGUGGUCUUAUGGUGUCUUGUGCUGGGAAGUUUUCAGUCUUGGUAGGGUACCUUAUCCUGGUCUAGAUCCAAUAGGAGUAGUGGAGUUACUG